GCGGCGGCGGGGAGCUGAGUGUGGAAGCCAUAAAAUGUAAAACAUACGAGCUGUCAGCAGCCACGUGUCAGUUGGUUCCAUAUGGAACCAGCUCGCCUGCAGUGAAAAAGAAGGCGACAUGCAGAAAGCAGCAGAGAACCAUGUGUGCUCAGUACUGCAUCUCCUUUGCUGAUGUUGAAAAAGCACAUAUCAACAUUCGAGAUUCUAUCCACCUCACACCAGUGCUAACAAGCUCCAUUUUGAAUCAACUAACAGGGCGCAAUCUUUUCUUCAAAUGUGAGCUCUUCCAGAAGACAGGAUCUUUUAAGAUCCGUGGUGCUCUUAAUGCCGUCAGAAGCUUGGUUCCUGAUGCUUUAGAAGGGAAGCCGAAAGCUGUUGUUACUCACAGCAGUGGAAACCAUGGCCAGGCUCUCACCUAUGCUGCCAAACUGGAAGGAAUUCCUGCUUAUAUCGUGGUGCCCCAGACAGCUCCAGACUGUAAAAAACUUGCAAUACAAGCCUACGGAGCGUCAAUUGUAUACUGUGAACCUAGUGAUGAGUCCAGAGAAAAUGUUGCAAAAAGAGUUAUAGAAGAAACAGAAGGCAUCAUGGUACAUCCCAACCAGGAGCCUGCAGUGAUAGCUGGACAAGGGACAAUUGCCCUAGAAGUGCUGAACCAGGUUCCUUUGGUGGAUGCACUGGUGGUACCUGUAGGUGGAGGAGGAAUGGUUGCUGGAAUAGCAAUUACAAUUAAGGCUCUGAAACCUAGUGUGAAAGUAUAUGCUGCUGAACCCUUGAAUGCAGAUGAUUGCUACCAGUCCAAGCUGAAGGGGGAACUGAUGCCCAAUCUUUAUCCUCCAGAAACCAUAGCAGAUGGUGUCAAAUCCAGCAUUGGCUUGAACACCUGGCCUAUUAUCAGGGACCUUGUGGAUGAUAUCUUCACUGUUACAGAGGAUGAAAUUAAGCGUGCAACCCAGCUGGUGUGGGAGAGGAUGAAACUACUCAUUGAACCUACAGCUGGUGUUGGAGUGGCUGCUGUGCUGUCUCAACAUUUUCAAACUGUUUCCCCAGAAGUAAAGAACAUUUGUAUUGUGCUUAGUGGUGGAAAUGUAGACUUAACCUCCUCCAUAACUUGGGUGAAGCAGGCUGAAAGGCCAGCUUAUCAGUCUGUUUCUGUUUAAUUUACAGAAAAGGAAACGGUGGGAUUCAGUGUCUUUAGAUACUGAAGACAUUUUGUUUCCUAGUCAGUCAACUCUUAGUUAUCAGAUUCUUAAUGGAGAGUGGUUAUUUCAUUAAGAUUUAAUAGUUUUUUUGGACUAAGUAGUAGAAAAACUUUCAUACUUAACUGAGACAUUUUGUCAAGGCUAAAAAAAAGUCUUGCAAAAUGGGACAGCAGACUGACAGGCUGACAUAGAAAAUAAACUGCCCAAUCACAACUUGUGCCUCCCAUCCCUGACUACUGGCUGGUACCGGUAAGAAGGAAUCUCUUUGAAUCCAUUACUCCAUGCCCUCCUGAGGCACUAUUGAAGAACUCUCACUUUUCACCCAGGGUACUGGUUCUGGUACAUAUGGAUCAUAAGUCCAUUUGGGGAAAACUCGUUUAUAGAGGUUCAUCAGUACUGUGUCUUGAGAUUUUAGCUUCCCAUCAAAGCUGCAUUUCAUGUGGCCAUGGGUACCUAGAAAGAAAACAGAACAAGUCAGUCAAAUUAAAAGUAGAAAAUUUGAAAGCAAUGACUUCCAACCCAAUAGUCAUUGAGCAACACUGCAGAAAUGUAGACAUGGUCCCAAAUCCCAUGUUUCCGUACCUAAAGGCUCCUUGAUAUGUCCUCUCCGGCCCCACUUUGUUCUCAGCUCCACUGGUUUAAACCACAGCACAUCCUCUUAGAAUCAAACACAUAAAACACCAAGAUGAAAUAUUUACCCACAAAAUGGAAACCCAACCUUCAUACCACAAAGGCAAUCAGAUCCCAUCCUCCUCCUUCACACCUACCUCUGUUGAAGAACAUGUAACGUACUACUGCCAUCUUAGUAAAAAUUUUGAAAGGAUGACCGCUCAAAACAACUCUCUUGAUGACCAUUCUGUCUGGAUCUACUGACAUAAGAUGGCCUGUAGCAAUAAGGCUGUGCAUUCCUAAAGCACAAAAGCAAAGAAGCUAUUUAGGAAUUUACAGGCCAAAGUCUUCAUUUAUUGCCCCAGUCCAUCUAAAGACCCAUGUAAGAGCCUGGUUUGUCAUCCCUGCCCUAGCCCAAUCUGAAGCUAAGACUGGUAAACUGCUAAGUCCAUACUUAACCUUGUCAGUAGGUUCUUGAAAACUUGUACUUGAAGAGAAAUGAUGUAUAACAAAACCAUAUUUUUUCUCAUCAGUUGUUACAAGGAAAGGAUGUUGAACAAAAGGCAGUUAUUUGAAGACUGGCUAUACACUGUUUCACUUAAAAGUUGCAGUUUUCAUUGUUCUAUUAACAACGUUACGUGAAGACUUACUGUAUUUGAAAACCAUCAUUACCUUCUCCAUACCAUUUGGCUCCCAAAUCUAAAUACAGAAGAGAAAACUGUUCAUC